AUGGUAUCAAAAAAUAUAUCAAAUUUGUACUUCAGUAAAAGUUGGUCCCUUGUGAGAAAAAACUUUUUUUUUGUUCAGAUUGGCCGUGCAGUAGGAGGAUUUGAUAUGAAUGUAAGAGAAGCUUGGUUAAUGGGUUAUGCUGGCAGAAAUGUCUCAAUUUCAAUUCUGGACGAUGGCAUUCAAAGAGAUCAUCCAGAUUUGGUUCAGAAUUAUGACCCGUAUGCAAGUACUGAUAUUAAUGACCACGAUGCUGAUCCAACACCUCAAAACAAUGGAGAUAAUAAGCACGGAACUCGUUGUGCAGGAGAAGUUGCAGCAAUUGCUGGCAAUGAUGUUUGUGGAGUUGGUGUAGCCUUUUUAUCAAAAAUUGGGGGUGUUAGAAUGCUUGAUGGCCCUGUUAGUGAUAGUGUAGAAGCUGCUUCUUUAAAUUUAAAUCAACAACAUAUCGAUAUUUAUUCGGCAAGUUGGGGGCCAGAAGAUGAUGGAAAGACAUUUGAUGGACCUGGAAAUUUGGCACAGGAAGCGUUUUAUAGAGGAAUUAAACAAGGACGUGGAGGUAAAGGAAAUAUUUUUGUUUGGGCAAGUGGAAAUGGCGGUUCACGACAAGACAGUUGUUCAGCAGAUGGUUAUACUACUUCAAUUUAUACUUUAAGUAUAAGCUCAGCAACUUUUGACAAUCACAAGCCUUGGUAUUUGGAAGAAUGCCCGUCCUCUAUUGCUACAACAUAUUCGUCUGCUAAUAUAAAUCAGCCGGCUAUAGUAACAGUAGAUGUCCCAAUUGGAUGUACAAAAAUGCAUACUGGGACAAGUGCUAGUGCCCCCUUAGCAGCUGGAAUUAUUGCGUUGGCAUUGGAAGCAAAUCCAUCACUUACCUGGCGUGAUAUGCAACAUAUAGUUUUGAGGACAGCAAAUCCAAAUCCUUUACUAAAUAAUCCUGGUUGGGCAAUUAAUGGUGUUGGAAGGCGUAUUAGCAAUAAAUUUGGUUAUGGAUUAAUGGAUGCUGGUGCUUUAGUUAAAUUGGCAAGAGUUUGGCAAACUGUACCUGAACAGCAUAUGUGCACUUAUGAAUAUAUUUUGGAUGCACCAAGACCUCGCCCAAUUACUGGCCGUUUUGCAAUGAAUUUUUCCUUGGAAGUCACAGGAUGUCUUCAAGGAUUGCCUGUACUCUAUAUUGAACAUAUCCAAGUUAUAACAACUAUACGUUUUGGAAAAAGAGGAGAUUUAAAAUUAACUUUGUUUUCUCCAAUGGGAACACGUUCAGUUUUGUUACCUCCGAGGCCACAGGAUUACAAUCAAAAUGGCUUCCAUAAAUGGCCUUUCCUAACAGUCCAAAUGUGGGGAGAAGAUCCUAGAGGAAUUUGGACAUUGUUGGUUGAAUCAAUUUCGACUAAUAUGAAUAUUGGAGGUUUGUUUUUAAAAAAAAUUCUUUAUUUAAAACUUAAAAAUAGGGCAGAAUGA